UUCCUGCUGCCCGCCCCUCCUCCGUCCCGGCCACAGCGCGCCUGCGCAGUGGGGGGUUGCUGCUCUGAGUGUGUGUGGGUCUCUCUCGCCAUGUUGUUGUUUCUACGUGGAAUGAGCAUUCCAUGUGUCCUCCUAGGCUUGAAUGAAGUGGCCUGGCAGGAGACCAGAGGAAUGAUGCAUGCGAACAUUGGUCAGGAAGCCAGUGGGGUUGGAAUAGGGGUUGCCCCAGCUGGAACAGUAGGUGGAGCAACAGCAGGGCCAGGGCCUGGAACUUCAGGGCCCAGUUCAGGUGGAAACAAUCCUCACACCAUCCCUACAGCUGCAGUGUCAGGUGCUUUCAGUGUCCAGGUACCCCUCAGUGGACGGUCUCAGGAUGAUGCCACAGUUGGAUAUUUCUUCCAGAGGCAGGCUGGUGAGCAGUUGAGUGGCUACUCCAGCAAACAUCGCUGGCCCACAGGAGAUAGCAUUCAUGUAGAUCAUUCGGUUCGAUCUGUGGAUGAGAUGAAUCAUGAGUUUCAAGCUCUUGCACUAGAAUCUCGGGGAAUGGGAGAGCUGUUACCUGCCAAAAAGUUUUGGGAACCUGAUGAUUCAGCAAAAGAUGGACAAAAAGGGAUAUUCCUUGGUGAUGAGUGGAGAGAGACUGCAUGGGGAACUCCUCACCAUUCUAUGUCCCAGCCUAUUAUGGUACAGAGAAAGCCUGGACAGGGUUUUCAUGGAAACAGUGAAGUAAAUGCUGUAUUGUCUCCUCGAUCAGAAAGUGGUGGCCUUGGAGUGAGCAUGGUAGAAUAUGUGUUAAGUUCCUCUCCAGCAGAUAAAUUGGAUUCCCGGUUUAGGAAAGGAGCUUUUGGCACUAGAGAUGCUGAAACAGAUGGACCUGAGAAAGGAGAUCAGAAAGGAAAGGCUUCUCCAUUUGAGGAGGACAAAAACAGAGAUCUUAAACAAGGAGAUGAUGAGGAUGUUACUAAAAUAAAUGGCAGAGGUUUGCCAAAUGGAAUGGAUGCCGAUUGCAAAGAUUUUAAUCGUACUCCUGGAAGCCGACAAGCCUCCCCAACAGAAGUAGCUGAGCGCCUGGGUCCUAACCCUAACUCCACAGAAGGAUUAGGUCCGCUUUCCAAUCCUGCAACCCACAAACCUCUGGUAGAAGACUUUUCAAACCCAGAAACUCAGAAUCUGGAUGCCAUGGAACAAGUUGGUCUUGAUUCUUUACAGUUUGACUAUCCUGGCAAUCAGGUACAAAUGGACUCCUCAGGAGCAACUGUAGGACUUUUUGACUACAGUUCUCAGCAGCAGCUUUUCCAGAGGACUAAUGCGCUAACUGUCCAGCAGUUAACAGCAGCCCAGCAGCAACAGUACGCAUUGGCUGCAGCUCAGCAGCCGCACAUAGCAGGGGUGUUCUCAGCAGGCUUGGCUCCAGCUGCUUUUGUGCCAAACCCGUACAUUAUCAGUGCUGCUCCUCCAGGUACUGACCCAUAUACUGCAGCAGGGUUAGCUGCAGCAGCAACACUAGCAGGUCCGGCAGUGGUCCCUCCUCAGUAUUAUGGAGUUCCAUGGGGGGUAUAUCCAGCCAAUUUAUUUCAGCAGCAAGCUACAGCUGCAAACACCACAGCAAAUCAACAGGCAGCAUCACAAGCACAAGGACAGCAACAGGUUCUGCGUGCUGGAGCAAGUCAGCGCCCUCUUACUCCCAAUCAGGGUCAGCAAGGGCAACAGGCAGAGUCACUUGCAGCAGCUGCGGCCGCAAAUCCAGCUUUGGCUUUUGGUCAGGGUCUUGCUACAGGCAUGCCAGGCUAUCAAGUACUAGCCCCUACUGCCUAUUAUGAUCAGACUGGUGCCUUAGUAGUAGGCCCUGGAGCAAGAACUGGCCUUGGAGCACCAGUCAGAUUGGUGGCCUCAACUCCUGUUAUAAUUAGUUCUGCAGCAGCACAAGCAGCUGCAGCAGCUUCAGCUGGAGGAACAGCAAACAAUCUCGCGGGAGCCACGAACGGUCUAUUUCGGCCACUUGGUGCCCAACCACAACAGCCGCAGCAGCAAACAAAUAGUAGUCUACAAUCUAAUUCAUUUUAUGGCAGUAAUUCUUUGACCAAUAACUCCCAGAGCAGUUCCCUUUUUUCACAUGGUCCUGGCCAACCAGGAAGUACAUCUCUUGGCUUUGGAAGUAGCAGCUCCUUAGGAGCAGCUAUCGGCUCUGCACUUGGUGGAUUUGGCUCAUCAGUUGGCAGUUCUGCAAGUAGUAGUGCCACAAGGAGAGAUUCUCUAUCUACUAGCUCUGACUUGUACAAAAGAUCUAGUAGCAGCCUAGCACCCAUAGGGCAGCCAUUUUACAAUAGUCUGGGAUUUUCCUCCUCUCCAAGUCCAAUAGGCAUGCCUCUGCCAAGCCAAACUCCAGGACAUUCACUUACGCCACCGCCAUCACUUUCAUCACAUGGAUCCUCAUCCAGUUUGCAUUUAGGAGGGCUGACAAAUGGUAGUGGUCGCUAUAUCUCUGCAGCACCUGGAGCAGAAGCAAAGUAUCGCAGUGCCACGAGUACCUCCAGUCUUUUUAGCUCCAGCAGCCAACUCUUCCCUCCUUCACGUCUUCGUUAUAGUAGGUCUGAUAUUAUGCCCUCUGGACGCAGUAGGUUGCUGGAAGAUUUCAGAAAUAAUCGCUUCCCUAACCUUCAACUAAGAGACCUUGUUGGACAUAUAGUUGAAUUUUCUCAAGACCAGCAUGGUUCGAGAUUUAUACAGCAAAAGCUAGAACGAGCUACUCCAGCUGAGCGCCAGAUGGUAUUUGCUGAGAUUCUGCAAGCAGCGUAUCAGUUGAUGACUGAUGUAUUUGGAAACUAUGUAAUACAGAAAUUCUUUGAGUUUGGAAGCCCGGAACAAAAGUUAGCCCUAGCAACACGCAUACGUGGUCAUGUUCUGCCAUUAGCCCUACAGAUGUAUGGUUGUCGGGUUAUUCAGAAAGCAUUAGAAUCUAUUUCACCUGACCAGCAGGUAAUUAAUGAAAUGGUGAAAGAGUUGGAUGGUCAUGUUCUGAAAUGUGUGAAAGAUCAAAAUGGAAACCAUGUUGUACAAAAAUGCAUUGAAUGUGUCCAGCCACAGUCACUCCAGUUCAUCAUUGAUGCUUUCAAAGGACAGGUGUUUGUGCUUUCAACUCAUCCGUAUGGCUGCAGAGUAAUUCAGCGUAUUCUGGAGCACUGCACUGCUGAGCAGACUUUGCCCAUCUUAGAAGAAUUGCAUCAACACACAGAACAGCUUGUGCAGGAUCAAUAUGGAAAUUAUGUUAUCCAACAUGUGCUGGAGCAUGGUCGUCCUGAAGACAAAAGUAAAAUAGUUUCAGAAAUAAGAGGAAAAGUUCUAGCUCUGAGUCAGCACAAAUUUGCCAGCAAUGUGGUAGAAAAAUGUGUAACUCAUGCAUCUCGUGCUGAAAGAGCUUUACUUAUUGACGAGGUUUGUUGCCAGAAUGAUGGUCCUCACAGUGCCUUAUACACCAUGAUGAAGGACCAAUAUGCCAACUAUGUCGUUCAGAAGAUGAUUGAUAUGGCUGAACCUGCACAGCGGAAGAUUAUAAUGCACAAGAUUCGACCCCACAUUACAACUCUGCGUAAAUACACCUAUGGCAAACACAUACUGGCCAAGUUGGAGAAAUAUUACCUGAAGAACAGUGCUGAUCUGGGGCCAAUCGGAGGACCACCAAAUGGGAUGCUGUAAAAGACCAGACAUACAGGCAGCAACUUGAAUGAAAGAAAAAUUUCAUUGUGAAUUAUCAAAACCCACAACUUAACUAUAAAUGUUCUGAUUUUUUUAAAUCUAUUUAUUGACUCUGUUCAUCCAUUUGUAAAAUUUUUAUUGUUCUUGUGUAUAUUUUUGGGGAGUGAAUUAUAAAAUAUCUCCAGCCCUGGCCCGGAGACCUAUCAGAUUGAACUGCUGACAAAGCACAGAAUGCCUGUAUAUGAUGUAAUUGUAUCAAAAUAGCUGUCACAUAUUUUGUAAAUUUUUACCUUGUAAAGUCACUGAAAAAUAGUUUUUAAAGGGAAAAAGUACAUUAUUCUUUUAAUACACUGGCUUGCAAUCUGGUAGGUCUACCCACUAUCACAGCACAACAGGUUUCUAGAGUUGUAAAUAGAAUGUCUUCCCCCCCCCCUCCCCUCCCUCCUUUGUGUGGAGUCUUUUAUAUCAGAUUAAAAUUGAUCAACUGCAUAAAUAUUAUUUAACGUUACAGAAAGUUAAGUUGUAUUUUGGUGGUUCACAACAUAUCCAAAUAGAAAAAAGGGCAUGGCAAACUAAAGUAGGGAUUGACAAAACCAUGGGAACUUUAAAGACAAGCAUCCAUCAUUUGCUGUGGCCAUGAUUUUUUUAGAAAUGCAAUGCCCUAAUAUUUUCUCUAGCAAUGUAUUAAAAAAAAAAAAAAGUGAUGUGUGUGUAUAUACUUAUAUAUUGUUGUACAAGGUAGAGGAAUAAAAUCAUGGUGGUACUUCCAUACAAUAAAGUACUGUCUGAAUAGAGAAUAAUCCUGCAUUAACUUUACAUUCAGUUUUGCAGUGCGGGAAGAGUAGAGUUUUGUAUUUUUUUAAUUUGCAUAUAGAAUUGUAAGACAUGAUUUGAAAGUGUUGAGCAUUUAUUUUGCUUUCUCACAGUAGAUGCAAAAAAUUAGGUAUUGAUAGAGGAGAAAAGGGGCCACUGAACAGUAAACUUGAUAGCUCAACAUGUAAGCAUGAUUAAAUAUUCAGAUAGCUUUUUUGCUUCCUAUAAAUAUAUGCAUUGUAUACGUGUAGUUAAUAGGUGUAAGUUUACAGUUUGAAAACAAAUCUCUUGUUUCGAUGUUUAUUACAAGCCUUGCUAAUUUAGUAGUGAUGCUUACUUUGGUUGUACAGAUGUACAUUUGUAAACCUUCAUGCUGUAAAUGUAAUUUGUUUUACCCCCUUUGGGGACAAAAAUUUGCAUUUUAGUGUAUAUUCAUAUCCCCCUCCCUUCUUUGCCUUGGCAUAUAGUGUUGUAUAAUGUAAAUUUAUUUCAACAAAUCAAGAGUGAUUUUUUAAAAAUUCUAUCUUUAUAUGGUUUCAGAAAUAUGAACCAGCUUUCUUUUUAUCUAUUGUGAGAAACAUUAUGUUUUCUUUAUAACAUAGCUGUUGAUUCUGUUAAUAUGGACAUUUUGGGAAAUGAAUCAGUUGAAAAUUUAAGUCAGGAUAAUAAGAAUAGUAAGCAAGAAAUGGACUGAAAUAUUUGGUUACCCGAGAAACCAAUGCUUCUUCCAUCUUAAUAAAUGUGGCAUGAUUUUUUUGUACAGAAGAGUACUGUAUUUUUGAAUAGCCUACUCCCAACCUGAAGCAAAUAUGUAUGAUACUGUCAAUUUUUUUCUCUGGACAUAUGACAUUGUAACAGUAACAUGAAGAUGAUGUACAUUUACAAGCGGCCUUAUGUACAUUUCCCAAUGAUCUUUUUAAGGCAGAAUUGUGACCAUAUGUGUAUAAUUAAAAUCCUUUUUAAUCCUUUGCCUAUGAAAAUAUUUUGAAAAAAAGCUUACUUUCAGUUUCUGAAAGAUGAAAAAAGUGCUUGUAUUUUGUUGAAGUAUUUUGUGUAGAACAUUAAUUUUGAUGGCAUAACUUUUUUUAAUCUACAAGCUAUUGGAUUCUAUGUUUUGAGCACUGAUGACAUAAGUCUGUUAUGGUAAGGCUCUGAUGAUGAGGAAAAAAGAACCAGCAGUGGUAUAAUCUUAUAUAUGGAGUUCUGUCAUCUUACUGUUCCUAUCAAAAUCUACAGAAGUUUCCUUGCAGCAUAAAAUUUUAGGUGUUAUAUAUCUUUUUGUUGUAUUCUUGUAGCAUUACUUUAACAAAGCAUCUUGCUGGAGGUUAGUCUGGCCUAUGUCUGAGACUGUGGAUCUGUCAUUAAUACCCUCCUCGGUAAUCUAAUGGUUUGCUUCUGACUUUUCAUAAGCACAAUUCUAAUUUCCAUUCCAGUUAUUUGUUGCAUGAAGGUUAGUUUUCAACACCAGACUUCCUCUCUGCUAGAGGCAGAACCCCAAUAAUCCUGAGUUGGGACUUUUCCCUCAAAAUACAUAAAACAGCCUUGAAGAUUAUGCCUUAUUGGCACAGGAGAUGGGAAUCCAAAGUUUCACUUUGAGAUAUUUUUCAAUUUCUCUAUUCUGUCCUUUGUAUAAACUGUGUGCAUAUGUCACAAUGUAAAAUGCUGACAUUCACCUCAGUUAGUGGUACACUGAACGCGAUGCUGCCAGGUGUGUUUAUAACCAAUGCAGCAUGCACUCUUAUGCAGAAGCUAACAUCACCAUUCCAGUACUCCCAGCCCCCUACCAGCCUAUUCUACCAUGGUUGGCUUUAAACAGGAUCUUCAAGCUGUAACAUAUUCAGUAGCCACUGAAUCAUCUUCUCCCAAUCAUUUUCAUAACAGAAUUUUUUGGCGCAGAAGAGCUACAAGCACCUGAAGAUCGAUUCCCUACCCCCCACCCUCCUUCAAUACAUAGUAAGUGUAUUGAGGUUUGGAUAGAACCACUAGGCUUUUUUUUCUCAAGUGUCUCUUUUUUAUAUGGAUUGUUUAUUGACCAAUUUGGCUAGCCUGAUUAGGUCUGUCUCCUGCUCCUUGUGGUUCAUAAUGAAUAAUGUAAUGUUCACUUGUAUAUGCUGUAAAAACAAAAUGAAAAUGUGAAUAACACUGUGAAAUAUA